AUGAGCGGUCCUCUAGACAAGAUCUCGGCGCCGGGGUUGAAGAUAGAUGGAGAGCUACUCUUCAAUAUGCGGAGCGAGGUUGCGCAGAUGCUUGAUCGCAAAAAUCUUAGCUUCCCAGGCGCACAACCUGUUAGCUUUGCGCGCCGGCAUUUGGACGAGUUGUGCAGACAAGACUACUAUGUCUGUGAGAAAUCGGAUGGCAUGCGAUACCUUUUAUACCUCACUACAGGAAGCCGUGGAGAAGAAGUCCAGUACCUCAUCGAUCGCAAGAACGACUACUGGUUUAUACCUCCAGAUGGUUUACACUUCCCUGUACCAAGAGACGUCUCCGGCUUUCACGUUAAUACUCUGAUUGAUGGCGAGCUUGUGAUGGACAAACUUCCUGGGAGUGGUAAUCCGCCGAAGUACCAGCCGAAGUAUUUGGUGUUUGACUGUAUGGUGCUGGAUGGAAACAGUCUGAUGAAUCGGACCCUCGACAAACGACUUGCAUAUUUCAAGGAACGAAUCUUCGAACCGUACCAGAAGCUAUUGGAUGAUUAUCCCGAGGAGAAACAAUUCAUGCAUUUUAUUGUUGAGCUCAAGGCUAUGCAAUUUUCCUAUGGUAUGGAGAAGAUGUUCAAGGAGAUCCUUCCCAGCUUACCACACGGCAACGACGGCCUAAUCUUUACAUGUCGAAUGACCGAUUACAAACACGGGACAGAUCAAAAUAUCUUGAAGUGGAAACCAGAAGCAGAGAACUCCAUUGACUUCCUCUUGAAGCUCGAGUUUCCUUUGAGGCAACCCGACGCACAGGAUGUCGCAGAAGGAGUCACGCAACCAUACGUCGACUACGAUGCCAUACCAGUAUGCAAUCUUCACGUCUAUGCUGGAGAUGGUAGAGAGGAGAGGGACCCGUGGUUCGCAACGAUGUAUAUCGACCCAGAUGAAUGGGAGUCUCUGAAGAGACUCAACGAACCUCUGGACGAACGCGUUGUAGAGUGCUUUAUGGAUUCGCAGAAGCGAUGGAGAUACAUGAGAUUUCGAGACGACAAGACAAACGCCAACCACAUCUCCACUGUCGAGAGCGUGAUCGAAAGUAUCACGGACAGAGUCACUGAGGAGGACUUGCUGAACGCUGCGAAGGGGAUCAGAGACGAGUGGAAGAGAAGAGCUGCAGAGGAUCACAGCAGGAUGAAAAAGGAGGCCGAGAGGAAGCGAGUCGCUAGUGUUGGGGUUAAUAACGGACCAGCUCCGCUUGGUGGUGCUGGAGGUAUGAAGAGGAAGGCGGAUGAGCAAGGAAAUGCCAGGCCAAGUCCUGGCCCGCCCGGAAAAAGUUGA